GUAAAAUUGCAAAUGCAGAGUUUAAAAUUGUCACCAUGACGACAAAGUCCAAGAAGUGUAACUUACUCCUGCAGAAAAUAAAUAAUAAUUAUUAUUAAGUAUCAGUGAUGUUUCCGUUGUUCAGGUGGCGAUUGCAGGCGCAUUUUAUCCGAACUGCUUCCUCCAGGGAACUGUGGACGAGGCGCUCGCCUCCAAGGAGCUCUAUGGAAACGACCCCAGGACCACCGUAGUGGUGUGUAAUCUCCCUCCAUUUGCAUUCCUCUACCAUAAACAGCUCCAGUCUCUCUUCAGACACUGUGGUCAAGUCAAAUCCAUCUCCUUUAACAGCUCCAGGGCCUAUGUAGAGUUCUACCGCUCGUAAAUGAGAGGUUCUGGCGUUCUCCCAGAGGUCUCUCUGUCUCUCCUCCUCGCGCAGCAGAGACUUCCUCUCCAUCUCAACGUUUAACCCGCUGGAGAGGUGGAGACUUGGGCAGGGGGGUAGUGUAUCUCACACCUCAGAUAUACACGUGGGGUUUCCAGGCUCACGAGGCAAGUCUGGAGAAACAGAGGUGGCUGACAGUGGCCGUUAAUACACGGGUGCUCUGCUCACUUCCUGUCUCACUUUAUCCAAAUCUUCUGUGUCUCGCCCCUUUCUCUGAAACUCACACCAAACCUGGGAACUACUACAGAGCCAAAAUACUGCAUGUCAUGGGGAGUAAUGUGGAGGUGUUCUUUGUGGACUUUGGAAACACUUCCAAGGUGCCAUGUAACUCUCUCUGGAACUUCCUGCUGACCGGCAAGCUCUGUAUUUCAGGCUCAGGAGUUCAGCGUGGCGUGUUUGGCAUCAUCGGCACAGUCAGUCAAGAACUGCAGUUCAUAGAAACCUCCUCACGGCUAAAGCUGCAGAGAUGGAGGUCGAGGGGUCCAUGAAGAGGCGGCUCCAGCUGGCAUCAGAUCGAGAGUGUGGGCACAAGAGCAGACUUUUGAUAAAGGAGGGUAUUUACAGUGUUUUAACUGCUGUGUUUUUUGCGCUAUUAUUAAUUUGUUAAAACGUUCAUAUUAUAGUCUAUUUUUAAUUGUUUAUAAAAGUCCUUGCUGUUUUUAAGUGGCUGAAUUAGUGUGUGUGCACGCGUGUGUGUGUGCGUGUUGGUAGCUGGGUGGGUAUAUAGUUCUGGUCGGAAGUUGACAUACCCCUUGCAGGAGAAAGAGACCCUGUGUAAUCUGUUUAGACGACUUUUACGCAUGUUUUGCAGAGAGAUCAUUUUCACCUUGCUGUUUGGGUCUCUGUCCCACACUGUUACAGUGCAGAAUUGAGAGCGCGCGAGGGAGAUCGAUUUUCUAUCAGAAACAGUAACUAUAUAAAAUGGACGUCAACACGCAGCACUCUGUGAGGUCAUUUCUCGCUCUCAACAGAGUAGUUGUGAUUGUUCAGUGUUUACGACGGGGCCAAAACAUUCAAGGCCGUGGUGUAUUUUGACUGUUCCUGUAGCAUAAUCUCACCAAACUGUGUGUACACGAGUCCACAGACACUGAGUCUAUUCACAGUUCCAUGCUGUGUAGAUGUUCUGCUCAUCCUCACUGUACCGUAAAGGUCAGAACCUCACAUCUGUAACCUUGUAGCUUUCCUUAAUCAACACGACUGCAACCAAGCUUGUGUAGCACUACUAUUUUUAGAUCUCCGCCUCUCAAAAGUAUUGGCGCCCUGCGCGUCCGCCUCUCAAAUCUAUUGGCGCCCUAUGCGGCCGGCUCUCAAAUCUAUCGCCGCCCUACGCGGCCGGCUCUCAAAUGUAUUGGCGCCCUACGCGUCCGGCUCUCAAAACUAUUGGUGCCCUUAGUGUCGGCUCUCAAAAGUAUUGGCGCCCUUCACGGGCAGCUCUCAAAAGUAUUGGCACCCGAUCCAAAUUUUGCCACAGCAAGCACCACUCACAUUUUCUUCAGGAAAUGUCCCUUAAAAUAAUAAAAGUCUCUCACUAGGCUGUGUGUCGAGAUAAACGUAAAAACAUCUUGAGCUUGUGUUCACCACAGACCUUAUUUCCGGCAUUUAACCCAAAACCCCAUUGACGGAAGUGCUAAUACGCUGAAUCGUUUCUGGGUUUCACGACUCAUUCCUGCAGCACUCUGUAAGACGGGCUGUUGUUAUCAAACCAUUGAAAUCGGAUAAGCGCUUUGGUAAUGAUUCUUUAAAUGAACCGAUUCAGAAUCCUCUUCUUGAAUCGUUUGAGUCUUUCUCACUCGGUCAGGGUUGCACGUGUGGGUUGCUUUUCCUGCACGUGUAAUCAGCAUGUGUUCACAGACCGUAAAUCCCGACCCCAUGGUAGACACUCGACAGAAAUUUCAUACUAAAGUAUUUUAUAUUUUCUGGGUCUAAACAGAGCAGAAGUAUUGCUAACGUGUUGUACAGAUUCUAUUGGACUGGUGAACUGUGAGGAUUUGUAUAUUUAACCCAGUUUAAUAUGGCCUGCUUUGUUCAGUCAGAGACAAGUAAAUCUGUUCUAAUGUUGAUUUAUUUUCCAUAGAUAAAACAAAUGUUUGCUUACACAUGAAUACGUACUUUAUGCCUUCAGAAUGGUGGAGAUUUGUCUCUUGACUAUUUUAAAUUUGGUUCUCUUCAACAGGUUGUGUUUGAGUUGUGCAGGCUUGUGUCACCUGACUUAAAGAAGGCAUUGUUUGAAGGGCUUGAUCAGCACCUCCCACGGCUCCUGCAGUUGUACAACACCGAGAGGCAGUGAAAUACCCGAAAUCCAACAUGUGAUGACCCGCAUUGAUCAAGAGGCAGAGGAAGCUCAGCGAAAGCUUAAGAGACAGAAUGGAGAGGACCCAGCCCUGCCUCCAUUCUGCCCACUGUUUGCCAGCUUGGGAAACAUUCUGCAGUGUGACGUGCUGCUUGGCAUGCUGGGAGCUGUGCUGCAGUGGGCUAUGGAGCCCAGUGGAGGACACUGGUCUGAGUCCAUGCUGCAGAGGGUGCUGCACUUGAUAGGCAUGGCUCUGCUGGAGGAGCAGCAACAGCUAGAGAACAUUGGGGAUGACGAUGAAGUUACUUUCAACUUCACCCUCAAAAUCUCCCGUAAGUUUUGUACAUCAUCUCACACAAUAGAAAGUCUCAAGCCUGUAUCACAGGUCCCGGUGAAGCCCCCGGCAACACUACAAGCAUCCUGGCUCUGUUAGAGACCUUGCAGUGCACGCCUCACUUGGAAGUGCACAAAGACAUGAUUCGCUGGAUCCUUAAAGUAAAAUUACAUCUUGAUUAUGUUUGCAAUUUGCCUUACUCUCUCUAUGCAUGCACCUAAUAUGUCCAGCAGGUGGCAGCCUAGCAUGUUUUACAAUUCGCUCACUGAAGGUAGGUGCAACAUACAAAAGAUGAGCGUUUUUACCAUGAAGUUUAAAGCAGUGCUGCAUCAUCAAGACCUGUUUGAAAUCCAAGCAGUGCAACACCACUCAAGGUGGCGUGGCCGGUAGGCAAAGCAGCACCUCUCACCACGGAGAAGCACAAAUGCUUCACUGUCCCAAAGCGGUUUUGCUGCUGAUCAUCUGUAGGUGGCCCUAGGGGUGUUUUGAUGUGGAUUAUUGUGCGUGUUACUUAAAAGCUGUAUGUCAACAUGAAUAUUUAAAUGACAUGUAAGGAUUGCUUACUACACAAACUGAACUUCCAUGCACUGUGAUGUAUGCAUUUUACUUUCCAUAUACUGAAAACUGUCAGGACACCUGCACCAGGCAGAACAUGUACAUAUGAAGGCCAUGGUGUAGGCCAGGGCUAAUGAUGUAUUGCAGUAUGUACUUUGAAGAGAAACAGGCAAAUUAAAUGUUAGUAAAAUUGUAAUGCAUCUUCAGUAUUUAAUGGUAUGGUGUGUGUGUAUAUACUUUUUAGUGCACAAAUGUGUUCUAUUGAACAUCUGCUUAGUUUUGCAGACUUUGAUUGUGUGUGCAUGUAGUU